AUGGCAUCGUCUGCUGCGUCCAUGGAGGAUCUAGAGAAACCCGUUGGCAGUGUCCAAGAUAAAUGGAAGCUUUUGCCGUAUUUCCUGCAGCUUCGUGGUCUUGUAAAGCAGCAUAUUGACUCGUUCAACUACUUUACAUCCGUCGACAUGCGUAACAUUGUCCGUGCACAGGCCAAUAACGUCGUACGUAGUGAUGCUGACCCUAAGUUUUUUCUACAAUACACAGACAUUCAACUGGGUGCCCCAUCUAUUGAUGAAGAGGCUUUUGUAAGCGCUAGCGUCACUCCGCAUCAAUGCCGUUUGCGUGACAGAACAUAUGCUGCGCCUGUAUACGUGAGUGUACGCUAUCGACGUGGCAAUAAGAUUGUGACCAAUAACAAGGUGUUGAUUGGUCGCAUACCUAUUAUGCUACGUAGUUCUCGCUGUGUGCUGGCGGAUAAAAGCGAAGCGGCACUGGCCAAGCUCAAAGAAUGUCCAUACGAUCCUGGAGGUUAUUUCAUCGUACGUGGCGUGGAAAAAGUAGUGCUUAUUCACGAACAGUUGUCUAAGAAUCGAGUCAUUAUUGAGGAAGAUGGCAAGCACAAUGUAUGUGCUAGUAUCACAAGUUCCACGCACGAACGCAAGUCAAGAACCAAUAUCUUUUUGAACAAGGGGCGGAUGUACUUAAAGUCUAACUCGUUUGGUAGUGACAUCCCUAUUGUCAUUGUUCUAAAAGGCAUGGGAGUGGAAGGUGACCAGGAGAUUGUGAGUCUCGUCGGCAGCGAGUCUGAUAUCUGUGACGCCAUGUCGGCCUCUUUUGAAGAAGCUUCAGAUUUGAAGGUCUUUACACAACAACAAGCGCUAGAGUAUAUUGGAUCCAAGAUGAAUGCGCUGACUAAGAUUGGUGCAAUGGGAGGACGAAAUCGUCGAGGCGAUGGACGCCCGCAGCAGGACCGCAGCUUGGUCGAUGCUGCGCGCUCAGCAUUGGCCAACUUGGUGCUCAAUCACGUGCCGUGCGACAACUUUAACUUCCGUCUUAAGAGUAUUUACGUGGCACAUAUUGUGCGUCGCAUUCUGUUCACAGAUAAGGAUCGCACACGGUUGGAUGACAAGGACUAUUACGGUAACAAGCGUCUCGAGCUGGCAGGUCAGCUGCUAUCUCUGCUUUUCGAGGAUUUGUUCAAGAGAUUUAACAGCGACCUGAAGCGUCAGGCUGAUAUGGUGUUAAGCAAGCCGAAUCGCGCAUCGGUGUUUGAUAUUAUCAAGUGUGUUCGUACGGACACAAUUACCCAAGGUUUCUACCACGCUUUGUCAACAGGUAACUGGACGCUGAAGCGUUUUCGUAUGGACCGAGCAGGUGUCACGCACGUGCUCUCGCGACUCUCGUACAUGUCGGCGCUGGGCAUGAUGACGCGUAUUUCGUCUCAAUUUGAGAAGACGCGUAAGGUUUCGGGUCCUCGUUCGUUGCAACCAUCACAGUGGGGUAUGCUGUGUCCUGCCGAUACUCCGGAAGGUGAAGCUUGUGGUCUUGUUAAGAACUUGGCAUUGCUGUGUCACGUGACUUCAGACGAAGAACCGGCUCCGAUUAAACGGCUAUGCUUUGACUUAGGUGUGACAGAUGUGUCUCUAAGUUCCGGUGAAGAAAUCAAUCAUGCAUCUAACUACCUCGUGAUGCUUAACGGUGUUAUCAUUGGUACACACGUGAAUCCGCGUGCUUUUGUCACGCGCCUGCGUCGUAUUCGACGUGCUGGUCUCAUAGGUGAGUUCGUGUCCGUCAUGAUCCACGACGUUCAACGAGUUGUGUACAUCGCUUCCGACGGUGGUCGUGUUUGCCGCCCGCUGCUACUUAUUGAUCCAGUGACGCACCGUACUCGGCUAACACAGCGACACCUUGACGAGCUACGUGCUGGAGUGCGCAACCUCAGUAGUCUUAUCGUGGAGGGUUGUGUUGAGUAUGUGGAUGUGAACGAGGAGAAUAAUUGUCUUGUAGCUUUGCACGAAAGUGAGAUUGGUGACCGGACGACUCAUUUGGAAAUUGACCCAGUGACGAUUCUAGGCGUUGUGUCGGGUCUUAUUCCGUAUCCUCACCACAAUCAGUCUCCGCGUAACACGUACCAGUGUGCUAUGGGAAAACAGGCAAUCGGCACUAUCGCCAUGAACCAGUUCGAGCGUAUUGACACACUGCUAUAUACAAUGGUGUACCCGCAAAUGCCCAUGGUAAAGACCCGCGUUUUGGAUCUUGUGAAUUUCGAUCACGUGCCGGCAGGACAAAACGCCAUCGUGGCUGUUAUGAGUUACUCUGGGUAUGAUAUUGAAGAUGCUAUCGUUCUUAACAAAGCCUCACUGGAUCGUGGCUUCGGACGUUGCAUGGUUUUUAAGAAGUACCAGACUAUGAUCAAGAAGUAUGCGAAUGGCUCUUACGAUCGCAUCGUGGGACCGCCGGAUUUUGACAGCUUAGCUGCUUCUGGUGGCGCUGGAAUGGGCUUCCGAAAUGCCAAGUACUCGUCGCUGGACGCGGACGGUAUUAGCCGUGUUGGUGGUAUCGUUCACAAUGGUGCGAUAAUGAUCAACAAGGAGCAGCCUACACAAUUCAACGACUCGGUAGAUGGUCGUGACCCGCUGGACGUUACAUACUCGCCUUCUCCAACCACGUAUAAGGGUCCCAUUCCAGCUUAUGUUGAUAAGGUUUUGUUGACGUCAUCUGAAGCAAACCAUUUUCUGGUGAAGGUGCUGAUUCGCCAGACGCGUAGACCUGAAAUUGGUGAUAAGUUCAGUAGUCGUCAUGGUCAGAAGGGUGUGUGCGGAACAAUUCGCAACCAAGAAGAUAUGCCGUUUAACGAUCAAGGUAUUUGCCCUGAUCUGAUUAUGAACCCUCACGGUUUCCCUAGUCGAAUGACUGUGGGUAAAAUGAUCGAGUUGAUUGCUGGCAAGGCUGGUGUGCUUACGGGCCGUCGGGCUUAUGGUACUGCCUUCGGCGAGAAGUACGGUUCAGCUGAUCACGUACUGGACUGCUCACGUGAACUUGUAAAAAACGGCUUUAACUACGCUGGCAAGGACUACUUGACAUCAGGUAUUACGGGCGAGCCGAUUCAAUGUUACAUCUUUAUGGGGCCUAUUUACUAUCAAAAGCUCAAGCAUAUGGUUAUGGACAAAAUGCACGCUCGGGCACGCGGCCCUCGUGCAGUCCUCACUCGCCAGCCGACCGAAGGUCGCUCACGUGAUGGUGGUUUGCGCCUUGGUGAAAUGGAACGCGAUUGUCUUAUCGGUUAUGGUGCUAGUAUGCUACUCAUGGAGCGACUCAUGCUGUCCAGUGAUGCAUUCAGCGCGGAUGUGUGCCAGGGCUGCCGCAUGCUAGGUUACGAAGGUUGGUGUCAGCACUGCAAGUCUGAAGAAAAGGUGGUAAGCAUCCGCAUCCCGUAUGCUUGCAAGUUGCUGUUCCAGGAGUUGCAGGCCAUGAACAUUGUGCCAAGACUGACACUCAAGGAGUACUAA